AUGAAGAAAAAUUCUUCAGUAGUUUUCUUCCUUGUGGGUCUGUCACAAUUCGUCACGAUGGCAUUUCUCAUUAUCGGAUCCAUUACGGCUCCAAUUUUCAAACAGAUAGGUUAUUCUAAAUAUGAUGAGAUCACAUACGGUACAUUCGGCUACUGUAAAGACGGUUCUUGCUCAAAAGCAAGCUAUAACUACAACCCCGAUGCACUAUCAGACAGUGACAGUAACUGGAAGCUCAAUAGCAACGCUAGAUCUAUAUUGGGCAAAAUCAUCUUUAUCACACCCAUCGCUGCUGGUCUUAAUUUUCUGGGAUUUUUUUCUACUAUCAUGAGCGUUCUAUUAAUUAACGUACUGUCCAGUGAUAGAGUUGGUAGCGCAUCUGCCAUUAUGUUUUUUGUUAACUUGACAUUUUCCACUUUAGGCUUUCUUUCUGCUUCUUUAAUAUGUAUCGUGGUGUUUUUAUUGUUCUACCCUCAUGUAACCUGGUGUUCAUGGGUUCUGAUACCAGGAGCGGCUUUAUCUCUACUCGUAAUUCCCUUGAUAUUCUUGGCUUAUUCAAGAAGCUCAGGCUCAAGAGAUGAUGACGAAAUGGAGGAAUUGGAAGAAAAGGGUAUGCUGCUGAAUGAUCCGUACCUAAAUUCAGAGACCGAGAGAUUCGAUAUAGAUGCUGAUAGUGGGGCCAACCUCCGUGGAGAUUCAAGAACGAAUUUAUUGGGUAACAAUUUCAAUAGCGGCACUAACACUAUGGUUCUCCCAAAUAUUAUUUCACAUAGCCAAGACCCAAAAUUAUCAAAUAUAACCACAUCUACUACGUCUGAUAUCUCUACUUACGAUAAAGAAGCCAAGGACAUGGAAAAUUCCAAUGCUUCUGGACUUAACGACGAAGAAGAUGAUGGCAUGGCAUAUGACAAGAGAAGAUCAGCUUCUACGUACUCUGUCAUUGAAAGUGAAAGUGGCUUGAAAAAUGGCAGUAUUUCUAAUAAUUACAUGAAAAAUAACAGCAGUAAUACCAGCAACAAUACGAAUUAUAAAGUUCCACUAGGAAAAACGGAAAUUUCAUCCAGUGCAUCGUUAGCGUCCUCAGACUACUCUCAAAGAGAGGUCAUACCCCACAGAAAUCCUUCGAGGUUAUUAAAUGAUAUAAUGGAAACCUCCUUCAAUGAGCCAAACGACAACCACAUUAAUGGCAUGUCCUCCUACAACGACAAGGAUUCAACUCUAACUUCAAUAUCGCAGAGAGGUGUCAACCCAGAAGUAUACGGUCAAAUGCCUCGAAUAGCAGCUGUUGGCCCUCCCAAUACAAGGCCGUAUGCCGGUCAACCACAUCCAGCGCCAUUAGUAUAUCCCCAACAACAACAACUACAACCGCAACAACAGUAUCAAUCACAACAACAAUAUCAUCAGUACAAUUUAUAUCAAAGAACUACCCCUGCUGGUCCAGAUCCUUCUAAUGUUAUUUUACAAAGCAAUCCUUAUUUCAACGUUGGUCCAAACCAAGUGCCACAGCGCAGAAAUCCGGUACCAAGCGUUGGUUUUGCUCCAAAUCCCUUACCAAACCAAAGCCCCAUAACACAAGGGUAUAAGCCUGCUUAUAAAAGGAGAUUGCAAAACAAAAACUUGCCCCGAGCUACUACUUCACUAAGCAAUCCUUACGGGUUUAGGUGA